GGGAGACUCUGGUGGAGGCAUCCUGCGAUCAAUUUCGUUUCCAAUUUCUCACUAGAUGAGCGAUAGUCUGGUGUUGUGACCGCCCAUACACACGGCCACACCUCCCAACUACCCAGGCAUAAUGUACGGGUUCGUCAACUAUGCCAUCGAGCAGUUGGUGGUGAGAAACUUUGGCGACGACACCUGGGAGGAUAUCAAGAGGGAGGCAGAGGUACAUAUGGAAGGGUCGUUCUUAGUACGACUCACCUACGAGGAUGAGAUCACCUACAACAUCGUCGCAGCUGCUGAGAGGGUCCUAGGUGUACCAGCUAACGCGAUCUUGGAAAUGUUCGGCAAAAUGUUCUUUAAGUUCUGCCAAGAGUCAGGUUACGACACCAUCUUACAGGUGUUGGGAGCUACCGUCAGUGACUUCCUCCAGAACCUGGACGCCCUACACGACCACCUGGCCUUAAUCUACCCAGGUAUGAAGGCGCCCAGCUUCAGGUGCACAGAGAGGGCGGAGGACGGCGCCCUUAUACUCCACUACUACUCCGACCGGCCUGGGCUUGAGUACAUCGUCAUCGGCAUCGUCAAGGCGGUGGCGUCGCAGCUUCACGACACAGAGGUGGAGGUGGAGAUUUUCAAGUCGAAGGGGGAGGAGGACCACGCACAGUUCCUCAUCACAGAGAAGGACAGCCACACCACCGACCACAUCAGUGAACAGACCCAAGACCAAAUCAUUGAUACUGAGCCCAAGAUCAGCCCAAGGACCUUCUGUCAGGUGUGUCCCUUUCACCUGAUGUUUGACCGAGACCUCAAGAUCCAUCAAUCAGGGGACUCCAUCUCUCGCGUCCUGCCUGCAGUCUGCUCCACCGACGGCUCCCUCGACCAACUCUUCGAUGUGGUGCGGCCACACAUGGAGUUAACUUUCGACAACAUUCUCUCCCACAUCAACACCAUCUACGUCCUGCAAACCAAGGAAGGCCUCAUCUCGACCCGUGGGGACAACCGUGAAUUAGGCUCCGACCAGGGGUGUCUCAGGCUCAAGGGCCAGGUGAUCUACCUCCCAGAGACCGACCUCAUGCUCUACGUCUGCUCACCCUCUGUCCUCAACCUCGACGACCUCUACCGACGUGGCCUUUUCCUCUCCGACAUCCCCCUCCACGAUGCCACCCGUGACCUCGUCCUCCUGAGCGAGAAAUUCGAGGCGGAGUACAACCUCACCACCAACUUGGAGAUCUUGACCGACAAGCUGCAGCACACCCACAGAGAGCUGGAGAGUGAACGACAGAAAACGGAUAAGCUGCUGUAUUCCGUGCUGCCUAUCAGUAUUGCCAACGAGCUGAGGCACAAGAGAACGGUUCCUCCACGGAGAUACGAGGUGGUAACACUGCUUUUCUCAGGUAUCGUAGGGUUCACGGACUACUGCUCCAGACACACGGACAUAGAAGGCGCCUCUAAGAUCGUCAAGAUGCUGAACGACCUUUACACCGCCUGUGACGUACUGACGGACGAGGUCAAGAACCCCAACGUAUACAAGGUAGAGACGGUAGGGGACAAGUACAUGGCCGUGAGCGGACUGCCUGAAACAUGUGUCCAUCACGCCCGUUGUAUUGGUAACCUGGCCCUCGACAUGAUGGACAAGGCUUCCGGCGUGAUAGUCGAUGGUCAGCGUGUGCACAUCACCAUCGGGAUACACUCGGGGGAGGCGGUGACGGGGGUGAUUGGACAGAGGAUGCCGAGGUACUGUCUAUUUGGCAACACUGUCAAUAUCACCUCCAGGACAGAGACGACGGGAGAAAAGGGCCGCAUCAACGUCUCCGAGGACGCUUACAGUUAUCUCCAAGAGCCAGAGAACUACGACCCCUCCUUUGUUUUCACCUACCGGGGUCCAGUACCUAUGAAGGGCAGAAAAGAACCGAUGCAAGUCUGGUUUCUAAACAGGAAGAAACCCAACUAGAACCUGUAGCGUGAGAGAUAAGAGAACGCAGAGAACAUUACAGAGAGAACGGAGACGAUACUAGAGCCCGCUGAGAUGGAAGAGAACGCUGGGUGAUGGUUUGGCUAUUAGAGAACGGAUUUAAAAAGGUGAGUGAGAGAGUUUUGAAUUGGAAAACGUAGAGAACUUGUUGGUUUUCGUUGUGGUGGUGUAAGUAAAAACCAUUCUUUGGGUGAUUAAGUAAUUAGAAAACACAAUGAAACUUUUCUCCAUAUGUGAAUUAAAACCAGAUGUUCUCAAGAUAAAAAUAUGCAGCUUUAGAAACCGGUCGCUGAGGUUGAAUAUGGACGAAAAAAGAAAACAAUCUGGGACUUAGACUUUAGAACCAAGGAAAUAGAGAACAAAGGAACCAAUGCGUGUUGUCCAGGUUUAGAGAACGGUCCCAAAAGGGUGAUUACUUUAGGGUAAGAUAGAAACCAGGGGAAUGAAAACCGUAGAACAUAAAUCCUGCUUUAAAGAACGACAUCUGAAUGAAAAUUAUGUCAAUAGAAACCAUAGAAACCAACCACAGAAAUCUCCAUCAGUGUAGCAGUGAAUAAAAAGUGUUUCUGGUAUUUUUUAGAAACCAACCACAGUGUAGUAGACAACUCAGGAAUUUUCAGGCAAUACCCGGGUAUAGAGAACAGUCUUUAGAAAACGGUAAAUGAGGUACAACUGAAAUAGAAAACAAAGAGUGAGUUGUUAUCAUGAUUAGAAACCUGGUUUAAGAAGGCACGACUGAAAGAAGAAAGAAACCAUUCAGGCGACAUAUGGUUUCUAAACA